AUGUCUCUGGUCGACCACACCAUCCCUUCUAGGGAGUCCACGCAUUCCAUAACCCACGCCGCAACCCGCGUCCAGGACGAGCUCCACACCCAGGACAAGCAGCCCUCAAAUAACGAGUCGUCUGCCCCGUCCGACGUUUCCUCAUCCUCUGUCACCCACGAUAACGAUAUCAAGUACCAAGACAACAUGCUCGACGAAUACUACGACGCCGACGACAUCAUGGCCACCGAGUCUGUCAAGACCGAGGCGUGCCUCAAGUCCGGAGACGCACCCGCCCUCCCUCCGAGGAGCAAUCUGCGAUCAUCUCGACUCCUGAAUGCCUUCACCAUGAAGCUUGCCGCCGAGGAACAGACCACGACGCUGUCUCGUGCCACCCCGCAAGACGUCUAUCUCUCGUCCGAAGAGGACGCCUCCUCUUCUGCCGACGAGUUUGACGAGUUCUCCGACUACGACUUUGAAUCCGAGAGCGAGGAGUCGACUGGCUCUCCUGUGAGGAGAAAGAGCCACGAGGACACGGCCAAGGUCGUGUCGGUUGUCUUUCAUCCCUCGAUCAUCGACCUCCCUGCUCGCCGCUCUGCUCACGACUUCAUCCAAGACAGGCCCCAGAGCAGCCUGGGCACGUCGGUCACGAGCCUUCGCUGCGCCGCUUUCCAUCUCCUCCUCCUCCACCGGCGUCUCCUUCAACCCGACCCACCCGCCCAGGUCCAGCAGCAUACGUACGAGCAGACGCUGGACGAGGAGCGUGAGUGGGAGCAGCCAGUGACGCCUCGCACACCAACAGCCAUCCUCAAAAGGGGACUCAGCAUUGUGCGCAAGCGAAGCAAGCCCGCUCUCAAGGAUCAAUUCAACUCGGCCUCGACUGCAUCUCUCCCCCUUGAGACCAAGGAGCAGGCAUCACCCGCCGCCACCGGUCCCAUCAGUUACAACGACAUUAUGAAGGCCGCCAAGAGGAAUACUCGCGACUCGGCGCUCAUGUCACCAGUCUCUCCUGCUGCUUCUUCCCCCGUCUCGUCAACAGGCAAGAACAGGAUACUGAGCAGCUUCCACAGGAGGAAGAGCAUCAAGGCAUGA